CUCAAGUCGACGCCCUCUAGUGGAGGUCUACGUGGCCAAUGGAGGCGGCCAUAACGCUGACGAGUUAACCGGAAAUAAGCCCAUAUUCAAUCCAUUUCAUCUCUGGAAUUUAGGCAAGAUCUGCAUCUGUAAGGAAGGAAAAUGAAGGAAAAAACACUCUUUGUCGUCACAUUAUUGUUAUCGGCGUGCUUAGUUUGCUGUGACGAGCACGAUCAUCUCUACAAAGAAGGAGAUGAAGUUGUGCUUUGGAUGAAUACAGUUGGUCCAUACCACAACCGCCAAGAAACCUACAGCUAUUUUUCUCUGCCCUUCUGUAAAGGACAGAAAAAAGACAUAAGUCAUUAUCAUGAAACUCUUGGAGAAGCAUUGUUGGGAGUUGAGCUUGAGUUCAGUGGAUUUGACAUUGAUUUCAAAGGAGAUUUCAGUCACACGGAGUACUGCUUCAUUGAUCUGACUGUGGAUGAGUACCAUGCCUUUACAUACGCAGUGGAGAACCACUAUUGGUACCAGAUGUACAUUGAUGACCUUCCAAUCUGGGGAAUUGUUGGAGAGGUUGAUGAGAGUGGCGAGGGACACUUCAUCUGGACUCAUAAAAAGUUUGAUAUUGGAUACAAUGGGGAACACAUCGUGGAUGUAAAUCUCACCUCUGAGACCAAAGUCAAACUGAAACCCAACUCCAAGAUUCAGUUCAGUUAUGAGAUCAAAUGGCAUCCAUCAAACAUCAAGUUUGAAGACAGAUUUGACAAGUACCUGGAUCCAAACUUUUUCCAGCACAGGAUUCACUGGUUCAGCAUUUUCAAUUCCUUCAUGAUGGUCAUCUUCUUGGUGGGUCUGGUCAGUAUGAUUCUGAUGCGUACUCUGAGGAAAGAUUAUGCUAGAUACAGCAAGGAAGAAGAUCUUGAUGAUAUGGAAAAAGAUCUUGGAGAUGAGUAUGGAUGGAAACAGGUUCAUGGAGACGUAUUUCGGCCAGCGUCCAAUUCCCUCUUGUUCUCGGCACUGAUCGGCACAGGCUACCACAUUGGCAUUGUCAGCCUGUGUGUCAUACUGUUCACCAUUGUGGGAGAACUGUACACAGAACGAGGGUCCUUAUUGAGCACUGCGAUUUUUGUUUAUGCUGCAACAUCCCCAGUGAAUGGCUAUUUUGGAGGCAGCCUGUAUGCACGCAUGGGAGGUAAAUUGUGGAUUAAGCAAAUGGUCACGAGUGCUUUCUUGAUGCCAUCAGCUGUUUGUGGCACUGCCUUCUUCAUCAACUUCAUCGCAAUUUACUAUCAUGCCUCAAGGGCCAUUCCCUUCACAACCAUGGUUGCUGUGACAUGCAUUUGCAUCUUCGUGAUCCUUCCCUUGACCCUGGUUGGCACAGUGCUGGGUAGAAACCUGUCAGGUCAGCCAGACUAUCCCUGCAGGAUCAACGCCGUGCCCAGGCCCAUUCCAGAGAAGAAGUGGUUCAUGGAGCCAGCUGUGAUCACAGUGUUGGGUGGCGUGCUGCCAUUUGGCUCUAUCUUCAUUGAGAUGUACUUCAUCUUCACCUCCUUCUGGGCCUACAAGAUCUACUACGUGUACGGCUUCAUGCUGCUGGUCUUCCUCAUCCUGACUGUGGUCACUGUCUGCGUCACCAUCGUAUGCACAUACUUCCUGCUCAAUGCUGAAGACUACAGAUGGCAAUGGACCAGCUUCAUGGCAGCAGCAUCAACUGCCGGCUAUGUGUACAUGUACUCCUUCUAUUACUUCUUCUUUAAAACAAAAAUGUAUGGACUCUUCCAGACAAGUUUUUAUUUUGGAUACAUGGCAUUAUUCAGCUUAUCUUUAGGCCUCAUGUGUGGAACUUUCGGAUAUCUGGGCACAAGUAUAUUUGUGAGAAAAAUUUAUUCCACUGUGAAGAUCGACUAACUUCCUGAUCCUCACUAUUUCGUUUACAAAUGUGAGUUAAAAAUAACUCCCCCCCCCAAAAAAAAAAUAAUGAAAACAAAAAAUGUAUAUUGGUGAACCAUGAGGACAGAGAGCUAUGGUGCUCAGUUGCUGAUUCACUGGACACUUUGGAGCUACCGGCUUUGCUGUGUGAUAGUCUACAUGGAUGAUGUACCACUUCAUCCUGGUACCAACAAGUAUGGAUUAUCCUCCUCAUGCCUGUGGGAUUCCUAUGGGUUGCACUGUAAUAUGCAAAUUAUUUAGCUUACUCUCAAAACUUGUUGCCAAAAUGACAAAAAGAUUUCACCUCUUUUUCUUUUUUUAAAAUCAUCCCGUAUUGUCCCAUGUGGAUAUGAUUAGCAGGUACCAAAACAAACUUGGGAUGGGUUCAUUUUGGCAUUUUGGCAUCCAGAUAAUGGCUUGCAAAAUUAUGAAUUAUUUAUUUCAUUAAUCCAUGGAUUAUGGACAGAGUGAAGAUAAAAUAUAGGUACAUUGUAAAGUAAAGGAAACACACAAAAACUGGAAGAGUCGUGCCUAGGAGCUUCAUGUUCCUGGGUUUUUUGCUGUGCUUACGUUUUAAGGCCCAAUAAUGUUUGUAUUUAUGUGCUUUGCGAGUUUGAACGGAAAUGGGUAGAUUCUGUUUGUAUAUUUUGAAUGCUAAAUGUGGCUUACAAGCGUUCUAUUUGAUAAAAUACUUAUGGAAGCGAGAAGAGAAGGUUGAGUUGUUCUAAAUGUCUUUGGUGAAUUAUGUGUGAUGAUUUGCUACGUUUAGCCCAAGUCAUGGACAAAGGGUUUUGUUUGUGGACUGUUUCAUUUGUAUGUUUUUCCCGCUUUUUGUGAUAUACGCAUUGUAAGCAAGUGUGAAAGUGUCCUGUUGGGCUCACAAAGCAGGGUAGUGGUAAUUUUAGUUUCAGUGUGCCACACUGUAUUUUUGUGUUCAUGGGAAUUUUCUUUAAAAUGGGCAGGGCAGACCAGUUGAGAGAAUAAUCCCAUAGCUGUAUAAAAAUUCCACUCCUCCCAGUUGUUUUACUACAUUUUGGGGUAGAAAAUUAAAAAUUAAUCAAAUGUUUUGAAUUGGAGAGAAGACCUUCAUUAGACAAAUAUGCUGCCUUCUUUUCUAUUUUCUUAGUAGUGGUGUUUGUGGAUAAUUAUUUUGUCAAAAGUGAUGAUGACACUAUAACGGUUUGUAAAAUGCAUUGUAAAUGUCUGCAAUGAAAAAGUUUUUCAAACUGUGAAUACCCUGUGUGAUGGUAUCUGUUCUGCCUUGACAUACCAUAAUUAGUGGUUUAUCAUCCCUUUGCGUGAGCCUGAUAUAUUUUUUUUCUGUAAUGCUAAUGUAUAUCUUGUUGCCGAGCAUGAGUGGGAGAGACUGUACUAAAUGCAAAAUGAAUUCAAUCAUAUUACUAUUAGCUUACUCUGUGAUUCUCAAUGUGAAUUAUUUUGCUUUGUUAUACCCCUUGCUUCCCGCCUCCUUGUGAACAUGUUCUCAUCACAUCUGUACAAAUUUCCAUGAGCAUAUUUGCUUUGACUUUGAGGUAGAUAGGAUCCCCAUCAGUUAUGAGUUCAUUUCUUUUUUUCCUCCUCCUUUGUUCUCUAUGGCUCUAAAGGGGGAAUGGUUAGAUAUGAUGUCAUACUGGUGUUGGUAUGUGUUGUCAUCAUAAACUUCCACUAAUUUUUCAUUUUUCUUCAAGCAGUCAAUUUGUGUUUCAAAAACUCUUUUUCUGUAGUCCUGUCUUUUUUUUGGGGGGGGGGGGGGUUUAGGCAUAGAAUCUAGAAUUUUUCUUUCCCUUUCAUGAAUCAAUUUUUAAAGUUUCCCUUGUGUUUUUAUCUUUUCUUGCACGCUAUUAUUCUAUUGGUAAUACAUUUUUUUCAAGUGGUUAUUUCACCUGAUGGGUGCAUGACCAAAAAAUAUUUUGGACGAGGUGACAUGCAGUCUACAUCUGUCUGCCUUGUGCUCUUGGCAAGGCUACAAGAUAUACUUUGUGCCCUCGCCUUUUGGGUCGCUCAGCUGUUUUGUAAAACCAGGAACUUUUGUCAAAACAUGUGAAAGUAAAAUGUUUUGCUCAUUCCAGUCAUAUUGAGUGUUGUUUUGUCAUGUGAGGUGCCAAUGUUUAUCAUUGUAUUGGAAAUGUGAUUAGGAAAAGUGAGGCAGUUUUGUCCAUGUUAAUUUUUGGUAAACGGUGUUACACCUAGUUAAGGGGAUCAAGUUGAGUCUUGCAAAAACAAAAACAGCCUUGAAAUCUCGUCACAUUUUAUACAUGGGAAAUGGUGGGCUCCUUUCUUGUGUAUGUUGUGUUGAAGGCAUUUGUAUAUUUUAAAGUAACACCACUGUUUGUGUUUUUGAAUAGUUGCCCUUCAUCUCUUUUAAGUGACAUGUGUUGAACAUGAUCUGUAACGCACAUAUGUGUAUGUAUGAUGUGAGAGACCCAUGAGUUGUGGGUUGUGUGCUGCAUAUUCGAUCAUGAGUAUGACCAGAGUGUGUGUUCUUCAUUCCAUGCUCAAUCUCAGCAUGGGCUCAGCUGUGAGUGGUUUUCAAUCAAUACAUGUAUGUUUCAUGUUUCCCACUGUACAUGAUGUAUAUAUAAAAACAAUUGAGGGUUGAACAUUUUACUGCUAUUAUUAUGUUACUUAUUUUCCUUGGAUUCAGUAUCAGGAGAGUAGUGUCAGACAAAUGGAUAUGGUGUUUCAUUUUUCAUUAAAUUUUUUUUCCGCUCCCAUGCAACAUACAAUUUGUUAUGUUCAGUCUUUUCUAUAAUUAUAUAGUAUGGAUACGUAUACAUGUGCAUGGUCCCUAUUUUAUUUGACAGUGAAUGGGAAAACUGAAAUAAUUGAACAAUGUGUCCUGUGAAUGCUAGGACGGAAUUAAACUAGCUGUCAUGAGAUGAUAACCAUCCCAUGAAGAACAUGAAGUUAAAGCUGUUUACAUGUUUAUCUGAUCCUUUCCUGAGUAUUUUACAGGAAAUAAGAUGAGGAAAUUUGGGUCACGUGAGUACCAAAGUAGGUUGCUGUGACUAAAUGUUACAUUUUAAAUUCUCAUGCAUAGUUAAAUGCGAAAUGGAAUGCCGAAAAAAUUGAGAAAAGACUGAAUGGUGAUGCAUCUGGGAGUCGUUUCAGUGAUGAAUCUUGUUUUUAAAAAAAUAUUGUGCAGAGGGAACUGAGGUUCAUUAUUUUUCCAUUCAGUGUUCACAAUUGAGAAAACAUACUUGCCUUGGAAUUCCUCAGUCAUACUACAGUGUGUUUUCUUUAAAAAAAAGAGUAGCAGGUGACUUUCAUUUUUUUUAUUUCUUAGUUAGCUAGAAAACUUUCUUUUAUAUGUUUGUUCAAUGUAUUUGGUUUUGUAAAACUUAUCAAGAGGGCAGGUAUGGGUAUACAUAUAAAUGCUUAUAAAAGAGAGAAAACAUUUUUUCAGUACAAUUGUAGAUACUUAUGUGUAAGACGUCUCUUUGCUUUUUUACUUUGACGAAUGUGCAGAAAAGAAAUAAAAGUGCCAUUGCUGCACUUUAUUAAAGGAUAUAAAAGAAUAACAGACAGUCGUCUGCUACCUUGUGAACUCCACUGCAGGGUAAUGUCAUUUUACUUGAAUGUUGGUUGGGGAUCAUGUGUGCAGCUGUGGCCAGAUUGGCAGGAAAUGGACAGUUUGUGCCUAGCAGUAGGUGCCUUUUCUACUUGAUGGAGAUAUGUGCUUGAAGUCUUGGACCACUAAGCUCAUUUUUGCUGUGUGUUGUUCGAUUCUGUCAGAACUGAUGUCAAAUCUAUGAUGUAGUGAAACAGGCAUGACAAUAUCCUUUUGUGACUUCUAGAUCUGGAUUAAGUUUACUCCGUUGCCUUCUCCAUCUGUGUAUACAAGUUACCCAAACUUGAGAGGGACAAUUUUUUCCAUCUAUGCGCAUAUGAGACUAUUGGUCCAGUUGUUUCUAAAUAACAGCUGAGAAAAGAAAUCGAUGUGGUUUUUGCUCCACGUAUUCCUUGGGGAAAGAUAACAAGAAUGACUGCUGGAGUGUUAGUUCUUUUUUUUUAUAGAUUUUGAUUGAAAGACUAUGGUAUCAUUUACAAUAAAUUAUUGUUGACAUAA